AUGAUACUAUUAGUACUCUUAGCAAAAGAUAAUCCAAACAGUACAAUAAAACAAAAAAAUGUAUCGGAAUGUUACGUUACACCAUCAUUCGUUGUGCACGUCUCAACUGUAAACUACAGGAUACUCAUAAAGUUUGUCUACUGGUUAAAAAAUCAAAUUGAAAAAUCAUUUAAAAGAAGUCUUUUAUUAGUGUACAAAAAUAAAUUGAGAUUUUGUUCAGUCAAUCAAUCUUCCGGAGCACUGACCUUCUUGGCAAUAGAAUAA